AUGCUUCUGCAGAAACGUCUGCUCACAGAGCUUAGAGAGCUCCGCGAAGACCCGACAAACUUCUGCCUGGAGCCCGAGGAAGGCAACCCACUCCGGCUGCAAGGCUACCUGCGCGGACCCGCCGCUACACCUUACGAGGGAGGCUGUUUUCGCGUCGCGCUGACACUACCGGCUGCGUACCCGCUCGUGCCACCGACAGUGCGCUUUCUGACUCCAAUUUUUCACCCAAACAUCAACUUCCGCACCGGCGAAGUUUGCCUUGACAUUCUGCAGUCGGCGUGGUCGCCAGCCUGGAGCCUUGCGUCGUGUCUGAGGGCGAUUCAACUGCUCCUCUCAGAGCCGGAGCCGUCGUCUCCACUGAACUGCGACGCUGGGAACCUGCUGCGCUGUGGUGAUAAACGAGGCUUCUGGUCGAUGGCGCGUAUGUACACCCUGCUGCUGGCCACGAGCAACGAAUGA